AUGGUGGGUGGUGGGGAAGACGUAGUUGAUCUGGGGCGAAGAGAAACCCUACAGUGCUGCGCAGCUAUUUCCCAACUGAGCUGGACCCUGGCCCUAGCGGUUCGCCCAAACUGUGGGAUCACCACCGCUCCUCCCUCUCAUUGGACGGACUUCCCUUGCAUCGAUCAUCUGCUAAGCAAAGCCCUCGGUAAGAUGAGGUCCCGGGCAUCGGUUGCAGGCCUCCUUCGAACGGGCCCUUCGCUGAUGGUCGAUGUAACAGCGCGUAGAGGAGCCAUGGGCGUUCUAGAGACUGAGGCAAAUCGGCGGUCCCUCGAUACUGAAGGGGACAAACAGACAGUGGGUAAUGAGAAGCAAACACUAGAGAAAGAGGAUGUGCCGAAUGGGAGGAUAGGAGGUGAAGAGGAGGCUGAGGCGGAGACUGAGGCGACUCCUACUGCGAAGCGGUCGGAGGAGAGAGAAGCAACGGCAGAAACUGGGACUGCACAAGGAGAGAAAUCGCCUGCACAAGCCGAAGCUGACGAAGUGCCAGAAGAGCCGGAAGACGAGUCGAAAUACUUAUCUGGUUUCAAACUCGGCGUUCUGUCUCUGGGUCUCUGUCUGACGACAUUCGUCAUCGCCCUAGACAACACCAUUAUCGCUACUGCUAUCCCCAAGAUCACCACCGUGUUCAAUUCGCUCAACGACGUAGGCUGGUACGGAUCCUCGUACUUGCUGACCACCUGCUCACUACAACCGAGCUUUGGAAAGAUCUACACGUACUUCGACGUCAAGUACACCUACCUUUUCGCUCUGGUCCUGUUCGAAAUCGGCUCGAUUAUAUGUGCUGCAGCGACCAGCAGUCCGAUGUUCAUUGUUGGUAGGGCGAUUGCUGGAGCUGGCGCCGCAGCGCUCUUCUCAGGAGGCAUGACGAUCAUUGGCUAUUCGGUACCUCUGCGCAAGCGUGCCAUCUAUAUCGCAGCGUUGUCCUCCAUGUUUGGAAUUGCCAGCGUUGUGGGACCUCUUCUUGGGGGCGCGUUAACAGACAAGGUCUCGUGGAGAUGGUGUUUCUGGAUCAACCUACCCUUUGGAGGAAUAUCUCUUGCGGUAGUGUUCUUCUUCUUCUCUAACCCCGAGCGUCAAUAUAGCCACAUGUCGUUCAAGCAGCGGAUAAAGGAGGUCGACAUCAUCGGCGCGAUCUUCCUCAUUUGCGCCAUAGUGUGCUUACUUCUCGCAUUGCAAUGGGGCGGACUCGUGUACCCUUGGAAGAACUCCAAAGUCUGGGGAAAUCUCUUAGGCUUUGGACUGAUCAUCAGUGUGUUCAUCGGCAUCCAGAUCUGGCAGAAAGACCGGGCAACCAUUCCACUGCGCGUCAUGAAGCAGCAGACCGUACUCGUGAGCUGCGCCUUCACGGCUUUCCUCUCCAUGGCAAUGUACACCCACAUCUUCUACCUCCCGUUCUACUUCCAAGCCUCGAAAGGCACCACAGCCGAGGGCUCCGGCAUCCGCACAAUCGCCUACUUAUGCAGCCUCACGCUCUCGUCCAUCAUCAGUGGCGGCCUCAUCACUGUCGUCGGCUGGUACGCGCCCUUCAUGUGGGCAGGCAGCGCGCUCUUUGCUGUCGGCUCAGGCAUGCUGUACACGCUCAAGAUCAACUCCACGGCCUCGCAAUGGAUCGGCUACCAAGUCAUCACUGGCUUCGGUGCCGGAGCCGCCGUUCAGAUCCCCUUCGUCGCAGUUCAGGUCGUCACGACUACCAAAGACAUGCCCGUGGCAAAUGCGCUUGUCAUGUUCUUCAACUCUCUCGGCGGCGCGAUCGCUAUCUCUAUUGCGCAGAACAUCUUCAUCAACAGUCUGGCAAAGGAAAUACCGAGGUAUGCGCCGGAAGUGGAUCCGAGAAUUGUGAUUAAUGCAGGGGCGACGUAUGUGAGGCAGGUGGUCCCGGUGGAGUAUUUGCAGGGUGUACUGGAGGCUUAUACGCGGGCUAUCACGACCGCGCUGGUGUUGAGUAUUGCGACGGCUUGUAUAGCGGCGUUGGUAAGUUUUGGGAUGGAGUGGAGGAGUAUCAAGGGGAAGAAGAUUAUUCCGGCUGGUGGAGGGUAG